AGGUGUUUGUAGGUCGAUCGAUAACCGGAUGCGAUACGUACGAUACGAGUUUUCAAAAUUACGGAUAUUAUAUAAUUAAUUGCUGUUUAUUUUGCUUGAGAGUAGUUUAGCAACUAGUCUCUCUAUUGAAUCUUUCUUUUGCGAUCGGAGACGAAUCUUUCAAUUUGGAAGUUAUUGGGUAGAGGCCUAAAAUGAUAGAUACAUUCGUGAAUUUAGAAGAAUGCCUAAACAAUUGUUUACUACACAAACUUUCUAAACCAAUCCAUGAAAAAGAUUAUCACUUUGAAUAUCAAGCACGUAUCAGUAAACUGGAUCAGUAUUUUCCAAAGCUGUUACAAAUUCUAGAAGACGCUGACUUUAGAGAGCUUCCAGAGAUAGGCUCAAGUACUUUGUAUUCUCUGCUUAUUUUAUAUUUGGAAUUAAAGACAGAAGGACCCUGGAACACAGAAAACGUAAACGCCAAAGAUUAUCCUGCCAAAUUGGAUGAUAUAUUUAAAAGAAAAUACAAUAUUACAUUUCAAGAAAUCUUAUUCAAAGAUGAUUUUUACUGUGCUCAAGAAGUUUUUGAUAAGUGCAUCAAAGAAUUGCACCAGAAAAUGACAUUAGAUGACUUCAAGAAGUAUCCUAGUCUGAUUGAAGUUUAUUGUUUAAUUAUAAAGGAUGUACAGAAAUACAAUCUAUCCAUAAACCCAAUAACAGUGCUGCCGAUUGCUUUGCUCCUGGUUGAUGACUACAUCACACCAAAUAAAGUAAAAGGGUUGCAGUGUUGCACACUGAUAAUUCAAUGCUUGAAUUCUGACAGUUUCACAUCUGGUAAUUACUAUGAAGUUGUGUACAUUAGUUUAAAGAAAAACAUCUAUGAGAAGGAUAUUGAAGUAACAAAGGCUCUAUUUACGUGUUUCCCAGAUUUCUUGCAAAUCUUGCCUCAAGAUGAGAAGAAAAAGAAGUUAGAUGAUGUGUAUUCAAGUGCCAUAGAUCAACUACACACAGAAACAAAUCUGUACCGAAAGGCUGCCUGUUUUGAUUUCACUACAAAAAUAAUAGAAAUGCAUGGCAUUCACUGUGUCAAGAAAAAAAUCUUCAAAGACAUAAUUUGUGACAAUUUAGAUAUCUGCACUAAUGAAGGAGUUUAUGAAAUUCUUAUUCAGCAUGUUAUGCAGUGUCUCUUUAUGUGGAUCAGGCAUUGCUGGUGCAUCUGGAAGCUGCCAACAGACCAGAAAAUCCUGUCUGCACUCAUUAAGACUCUCUAUGUAGCUAAGGAUGAAACUACUGUGAUUCAACUGCAGCAACUUAUUUCAACUCUAAUCAAACUAUGUACUGAGGAAGAGCAAAAGCAAAUAAUAAGCAAUCUAGAAUCAGUCCCCAAGGAGUCAAAUAAUGAUUUCUCAAAGAGGAUCAAUGCAAUAAAGGAACUCAUUUGUACUUAAAGCA